AUGAUCGUACGAUUCCAGACGGUCGCCUUCCUGCUGGCCGUUAUUUCAUCUGCAAACGGCCUGCAGUCUUCAGAUAUCCCACCUGAUACGCCGGUCUCCUCGCUGCUAUCCUCUGCAAAGACCCAUCUUGCCAGCGGCUCCCCCGAAGAUGCGCUCCUCUACUUCAACGCCGCCAUCGACAAGGAUCCCUCGAACUACCUGUCCAUCUUCCAGCGCGGAGCUGCCUAUCUAUCCCUGGGAAGACACGCUCGCGCCGCAGAUGAUUUUAACAAGGUUCUCAAGCUUAAGCCAGGCUUCGAGGGGGCACUCUUGCAGCGUGGAAAGCUGCGGAUGAGAUCUGGCAACUGGACCGGGGCUAAGGAAGACCUCCAGGCUGCAGGCAAGCCAGGUGAGGGCGACCUCGCUCAGCUGCAUGAGGCUCAUGUUGCUGCAGUGGCUGCGGAGGAGGCAGAAAAGAAGCAGGACUGGGAAACAUGCGUGGCUCAAUCGAAUAUCGCCAUUACGAAGGCCAUGGGCUCCUCCGAGCUUCGACGGAUGCGAGGAAAUUGCCAUUUCGAGAGAGGAGACAUCCAGGAGGGGAUCAACGACCUUACUAGGCUGACGCAGCUUUCUCCAAACAACGUUGACCCUCAUCUCCAAGUUUCAGCGAUGCUCUUUUACUCUCUAGCGGACACCGAACGCGGACUAGACCAGAUUCGAAAGUGUCUUCACUCCGAUCCUGACUCCAAGAUUUGCAGCCGUUUGUUCAGAGGAGAAAAGAGGAAUUCCAAGCAACUUAAGAACCUCGACAAGUUGUUGGAAACACGGAAAUUCCACAAGGCCGCUGAGCUCCUGGUAGGGACCAAGGGCGAAACUGGACUGCUGGAGGACAUUCAGCAAGACGUCAAGUCUGCCCAGGAAGAUGGGUAUAUUCAUCCCAAGGCUCCCAACAAUCUCUAUCAUUCCUUGGUGGAGAAGACGUGUGAGACAUAUAGAGCUAUGAAUUCCAAGCGAAAAGCGCGGCCAUACUGUAGCCAGUGUCUUGAAUUCAACCCUUCAUCACUCCAUGGCCUCCUGUCCAAGGCGGAAGAACAAAUAGACGCCGAGCAAUACGAAGCUGCCACCCAGACGCUGAAAACUGCGGAUGAGCACCACUCCGGCUCUCAGGAGAUUCAUACGCUCAUGCAAAAGGCACAAACACUACUGAAACGAUCGAAACAAAAGGAUUAUUACAAGGUUCUGGGGGUUGACCGUGAGGCAGAUGAGGCUACAAUUAAACGGGCUUACCGCCAGCUCACAAAGAAAUUCCACCCCGACAAGGCACGCAGCCAGGGAAUACCCAAGGAGGAAGCUGAGAAGAAAAUGGCGAGCAUCAACGAAGCCUACGAAGUUCUCUCUGACCCCGAGUUAAGGCGGCGAUUUGACCAUGGUGAUGACCCUAAUGACCCCCACGGGGGCCAGCCACACUUCAACCCCUUUGCUGGCGGACACGGAGGGUCUCCAUUCUUCUUCCAACAGGGUGCUGGAAACCACCAUUUCAAGUUUACACAAGGAGGCUUCGACUUCCAAGGAGGCUUCCCCUUCUAA